AUGCGUGAGGCCAGCGAUAUCAGACAGUGUGUGGAGGAGCCGAUUCAAGUUCGCCGUUCGAGUCUGAGGCUGAAGGAAGCUCAACGGAUGCAGCAUAUGGAUGAAAUGAUCCAGGAUCAUUUGCGUCGUAAUCCGAAGAUUUUCAAGCCUGAGGGCGUCGCUACGGACUGGGAGUUUCGUGGGGCAGUGGGGAAGCGAUUCGGCAUCAUAUACCAUAAGUCGGUGAAGAGUUGGUACUAUUGCUCAUCUCAAAGAUAUAGGCAUUACAAGGCUUAUUCAAAGGAAGGGGUUAACUAUCCCAUCAUCUUAGUUGCAGUCGGCUCACGGUCAGCGGACCUUGAUCGUAUCGCGGCUUUGAGGGCGGAAGUAGAGAGCUGGAAAGACAAGGCGAGAGCGAUGGAGAAGGUAAGCGGUAUUGAUGAGGCCGAGGGGUAG